UGUGAUCAGUUUUGUGUUGGAACUAAGGAAUGGGACAUGCACGAAGGAGCCGGGCGUCGGUUAUUAGACUCCCUCCGAUCUCACAGUCGCCCUCCCCAAGUAUAAUAUCCGAUCGUUUGAACGCUCUGUCUCGCCCGAAGAACCUCGACGAAAGAUGGCAAUCCAAUGGAACACCAACUCAUAUAGGUUUAGAUGUUUUAUGGGGAUCACAACAACCGAUACGACCACUUGGAAGAAUACCAGAAGCAAAUGAAAGAGUGAAAGACCUUUCUAAACCCAAGAGAAAUUUUCAAAAGGAACGCAUCAGACCUCUGUUUUACUACAGUAUUGGACGCGCAUCCUUUAUUACUGAAGCCAAACCUAAAGUUAAGGAAGCUAACGAGAGAGUCAAAGAACUGGCCAGUCCAAAACCUACACACGACCGUGGUAAUAUGUAUAGUCCUUUGUUUAAAUACAGCUGUGGUCGCCCAUCAGCGAUAUCCCCAGAUUUGAGAGCUGUGAAGAUCAAGAAGGCUUCCAUCAGAAUGCAAGAACUUUCAAGACCGAAGGCUUUACAUCGAGAUUUCUUAGCUCACAGACAAAUAGUACAGCCUUUAAGUAUAACAAGUACACUACGAAGAUAGAAGCACGUGACUGUCAGGAUCAGUCUAAAAACCAGACCGAUAAGAUGUAUAGAUAUACAAAAUUAUAUAUAAACAUUUACAAACAUCGUCCUGUGACUGUUGUCCACCUAAAGGAAAAUCAAUGUGUAUUAUUAAGUGUAUGUUAGUUCAAGACGUCUGAACAAGUAUUUAUAUAUUUUUUUCAUUAUAUAUCCUCAUACCAUAUCUAUGUAUGAAAUAUAUCUCCUUGGCUAAG